AUGUCAGUUCUCUUUCAUUUUUUCACCUUCGCCGUGAAUCUGCAAAAUCUACAAAAUCAACACUGCAAAAUCCACAAAACCCAGAACCUCCUUGGGCUUCCCUAGAAAACCCCCAUAAACACAAAGCUAUCAUGUCAUCCCCUAAAAGAGCCCCAAAGAUUCUCGGUUUUCUUUUUUAUUUAAGUCCUCAUUCUUUUUCCUUUUCUGAAGAUCAAGAUCUCUCAGCAUGCAUCAAGACCAGAUUGGGAAUACGGGUGGAUCCUCCGACAAGCACAACAUCAUGGACGCUGCUCUUGUCCAUCUUGCCAUUGAAGAUCGAGAUCUCUCAGCUGCUCUUGUCCGUUUGACACCAUCAACAUUUGGCACGUGUCAACGUCUCCGCCAUGAUCGGUACCCUCACCUCCGUCCACCGCCCUGAACCUUUCUCCAAGCUCGUGCUCAUCGGCGCUUCCCCGAGGUUUCUAAAUGAUCGAGAAUACCAUGGAGGAUUUGAGCAGGAAGAGAUUGAGAAGAUGUUUUUGACAAUGGAUGGUAAUUACGAGGCAUGGAUCCAUGGUUUCAUGCCUCUGGCUGUUGGGGCCGACAUCCCGAUAGCAGUCCGAGAAUUCAGCUGCAUCGUGUUCAACACCCCACACCUACUUUCUCCUUCUUGGCAAACUGAAGGUUAGGAACUGGGCCACCUGUUCAAGGUGGUGUCGAUCUCUCUACUCCAAACAAAACACUCUGUCCUUCUCUGUCCCUUUUCUCUCUAUCACCUUCUCUGCUAUAUAAAAAUCCCAUCUUUUGGGUUUCUUAGUCUCGUGCGUUAUAUAACCCAGUAAAUUAUCAGGGAAAAUUAGAGCCAGAAGGUGUAAAAACCCGUGUUUGGAUCUAUUUCGAUAGUUUUGGUUUGAGGGUGUUUGUGGGAUCAGAUUGAUUUUUGCUUCAGAGGAUAGAGGGUAUAAUAAUGGCUGGAAUAGCAAUAAUCCUAGAUUUGUUGAGGAAAAACCCAAGUCCUAGUACAGUUCAAGCGUUACACUCUGCUGGGUAUUUCUCAGCCAAAGUUGCCACUUCUGCUGCUGCUGUGUCUGUCGCCGCCGGUGCUCCAUAUGCUUAUAAGGCACGAUUUGGGUAUAACAACAAUUGAAUGGGAAGUUCAAUAUCCUACAGCUGCAGAGCGAUGCAGAAAACCUUAGCAAGCUUCAAAGAUGGGACACUCGAAUGUAUGGAACUCUCACCACAAGAACUUUGGCCCUGGUUCCCGCAUUUGCCGAGUGUGUGGAAACCCUCAUGGGUGGAUCCGAAAGUAUGCGCUGAUGUGCUGCAGGCAGUGCUUCUGCAGCAAUGCCAAGGAGAUUGGCUUGAUCAAGUGCUCAGAGGACGCCUACGUUUCAUAUUCUCCUUCAGCGCUCGGAGGAGCAGAUGGCCGGCAGCAACAGCCAUGAAAUCACAGUUUCUCUCCUUCUGAAGACUCAAUACGAUGCCUUCACUUUAUCUCCGCCGAUUGCAGACGAGAACUCUUCGACCGAGCAAGUCGCCCUCACCGUUCCGGUCACCGACGAUCCCUCCCUCCCAACCGUCACUUUCUGGGCCUGGACACUCGGAGCCCUCGCGUGUGCUCUACUCUCCUUCCUCAACCAGUCCUUCUAGUACUGCCACGAGCCCCUCUCACUCACCUCAAUCUCCGUUCAGAUUACGGUGGUCCUACUCGGGCACCUCAUGGCAUCGCUGAUCACGGAUCAAGUUUUCUUCAAGCAGCGAGAAUGGAGUUUUCUCAGAGAAUAAGCUUUUGUCUAAGCCCUCAUGAGCCAACUCAUAUUUCAAUUGAGUCAACUCAGCAGAGAUGCCCCCGGUGAAAGUUUCAGCAGUCUCGUCUUCAGAACAAGGCCCACCGACAUUACCGGGAAGAAGAUAAGUUUCCAUGAUCAAUUUUAUGAUGAUUGCCUUGUCUGCCAUAUGCCAAAAGGAAGAAGAUAAAUAGAAAGAAAAACAAAAGCAAAAGGAAAAAGCCAUCAUUUUCUAAUUUUUGAGAAAGCAAAAGGAGAAAGUGCCCUCGGUUUGCAUGUGAAAUCAUUUUCUGAUUUCUAAGAAAGUAAAAAUCAUCUGCAAUCUGAAUACUCCACUAAUUUUAUAGGCAAAAGCAGAAGGGGAAAAGAGACACUCCAUGUGAUUUCCUUGUCUGCCAUUUGCAAAAGAGAAAAGAAAAUUAUG